UCGACCGCCAUCUUGCCGUGCGCGGGACUCGCGCCGCGGGUCCCAAGCCUGGGCUUGCAGCCGCGGCGUCCCGUCCGCACCGCCUUCCUCUUUGCUCUGUCAGCCCCGGCCAACAGCCCUGCCGGACCCGCCCAGCCCCAGCUCUCGGCCAAUGAGCUGAUCCGGGGCUCGCAGCCCGAUUCUCAGCCGCGGCUUGCCCUGGUGCCCGUCCCGCAAGGCAGUGCGCGCGGGGCACCCAGCCUGCCCAGCCGGCCGCCAUGCCCAACGUGCAGCUGCCACCCAAGGAGAACAACCUCUUCAAACGCAUCUUGAAAUGUUAUGAACAGAAGCAAUACAAAAAUGGCCUCAAAUUUUGCAAGAUGAUUCUUUCAAAUCCGAAAUUUGCUGAGCAUGGAGAGACUUUGGCUAUGAAAGGAUUAACGUUGAACUGUUUAGGAAAAAAAGAAGAAGCAUAUGAAUUUGUUCGUAAAGGACUUCGUAACAAUGUGAAGAGUCAUGUCUGUUGGCAUGUAUAUGGACUCUUGCAGCGUUCUGAUAAGAGAUAUGAUGAAGCUAUUAAAUGUUACAGAAAUGCCCUCAAGUUAGAUAAAGAUAAUCUGCAAAUUUUGAGGGAUCUCUCUCUGUUGCAGAUCCAAAUGAGAGACCUUGAAGGUUAUCGAGAGACAAGAUAUCAGCUUCUUCAGUUGCGCCCGACACAACGUGCUUCCUGGAUUGGCUAUGCUAUUGCACACCAUCUACUGAAAGAUUAUGAGAUGGCACUGAAACUGCUGGAAGAAUUUAGACAGACUCAGCAAGUUCCUCCCAGCAAAAUAGACUAUGAAUACAGUGAACUGAUACUGUACCAGAAUCAAGUGAUGAGGGAGGCAGAUCUGUUUCAGGAAUCUUUGGAACAUAUAGAAACCUAUGAGAAACAAAUAUGUGAUAAGCUCUUGGUGGAAGAAAUUAAAGGGGAAAUGCUGUUGAAAUUGGGGCGAUUAAAAGAAGCGAGUGAAGUAUUCAAAAACUUGAUUGCUCGGAAUGCAGAAAAUUGGUGUUAUUAUGAAGGCUUGGAAAAAGCUCUGCAACUUAGCACUUUAGAAGAGAGACUUCAAAUUUAUGAAGACAUUAGUAAGCAGCACCCCAGAGCAAUUUCACCUAGAAGAUUACCUUUGAAUCUUGUCCCAGGUGAGAAAUUUAGAGAACUAAUGGAUAAGUUCCUGAGGGUUAACUUCAGUAAAGGCUGCCCGCCCUUGUUUACUACUUUGAAAUCUCUGUAUUACAAUACAGAAAAGGUUUCCAUAAUCCAGGAGCUUGUUACUAAUUAUGAAACCUCUCUUAAAACGUGUGACUUUUUUAGCCCUUAUGAGAACGGGGAGAAGGAACCCCCAACAACACUACUCUGGGUUCAGUACUUCCUGGCACAGCACUUUGAUAAGCUUGGGCAGCAUUCUUUGGCUUUGGAUUAUAUUAAUGCUGCAAUUGCUAGCACUCCAACUCUAAUAGAAUUAUUCUAUAUGAAAGCAAAAAUUUACAAGCAUAUGGGUAAUCUCAGAGAAGCUGUCAAGUGGAUGGAUGAAGCUCAGUCUUUGGAUACGGCUGAUAGAUUCAUCAAUUCCAAAUGCGCAAAGUAUAUGCUUCGGGCAAAUAUGAUAAAGGAAGCAGAGGAAAUGUGCUCCAAGUUCACAAGGGAAGGGACGUCUGCCAUGGAGAACCUGAAUGAGAUGCAGUGCAUGUGGUUUCAGACAGAGUGCAUCUCCGCUUACCAGCGCCUGGGAAGGCACGGGGACGCUUUGAAAAAGUGCCAUGAAGUCGAAAGGCACUUUUCUGAGAUAACUGACGAUCAGUUUGACUUCCAUACUUACUGCAUGAGAAAGAUGACCCUUCGGGCCUACGUUGACCUUCUGAGAUUAGAAGAUAUACUCAGGAGACAUGGAUUUUAUUUCAAGGCUGCUAGAUCAGCUAUUGAAAUAUACUUGAAACUGUAUGAUAAUCCCUUGACCAGUGAAAGCAAACAAGAAAGAAAUUCAGAAAACCUGCCAGCCAAAGAAUUGAAGAAAAUGCUUAGCAAGCAGAGACGAGCUCAGAAAAAGGCUAAAGUAGAAGAGAGAAAGCAUGUAGAAAGGGAACAUCAACCAAAAAAUCAAAGGAAAAAACAGGAUGAAGAAGAAGAAACCGGUGGUCUCAAAGAAGAACUUCUGCCUGAAAAAUUAGAAAGGAUAGAAAAUCCAUUAGAAGAAGCUAUCAAGUUUCUUAUACCUCUUAAGAACCUUGUUGCUGAUAACAUUGACACUCAUCUGUUAGCAUUUGAAAUAUAUUUUAGAAAAGGAAAGUUUCUGUUAAUGCUGCAGUCGGUUAAACGAGCUUUUGCUAUCAAUAAGAAUAACCCAUGGCUACAUGAAUGUUUAAUUAAAUUUUCUAAAUCUGUGUCUAAUCACAGUAACCUUCCAGACAUCGUGAGCAAAGUUCUAUCUCAGGAAAUGCAGAAAAUAUUUGUUAACAAGGACUUGGAAAGUUUUAAUGAGGAUUUUCUCAAACAUAAUGCUACCUCUCUUCAGCAUCUGCUUUCAGGUGCUAAAAUGAUGUAUUUUCUGGACAAGUCAAGGCAAGAGAAAGCAAUUGCUAUUGCCACUAGACUGGAUGACGCUAUAAAAGAUAAAAAUGUAAAGACUUUAAUAAAGGUUUCUGAGGCCCUGCUCGAUGGCAGCUUUGGGAGCUGCCACUCCCAGUAUGAGGAGUACAGGAUGGCCUGUCACAAGCUGCUCCCCUUCACUCCUGCUUUCCUGCCCGCUCUGAGCGAAGUCGGCAGGCACGGCGCGGCUCUGAACCCCACAGCCAACUGUGAUGUCUUAGCAAAUGAAACUUGAAAUCCUCUAGAAAGCUGACUUCUCUUAGACUCAAAGCUGAAUUCAGGUUAAGGUUUCUCUUCCAGCUUGUAUUUUAAUAUAGAUAGGAAAUGAAAUACCAUUGACCCUUGAACAACAUGGGUUUGAAUUGCAAGGAUCCACUUAACGUGUUGAUUUUUUCCGUAGUAAAUACUACCUUACUCUGUGAUCUGUGGUUGGUUGAAUCUGAUGCAGAACCCAGGUAGGGAGGAGCUGUGUGUGCGCAGGCGGCAGACUAUUAGUGUAUGUGUAUUUUUGACUACACGGAGGGUCAGAGCACCUAACUUGCUUUGCGCAAGGGUCAGCUGUAAUGGGUAUCAUUUUUUUGAGUGGAGUAUUCUGUAAGCUUAUUUUAUUCUUUAUCUGACUCUGCCACUUUACGUAAAAAUCUGUUACAAUUACCUGUUUGUUCUUGUACAGUUGUCCUAAAUUUUUCACUUAUCAACAUUGUGAUGGUUGCUGUCACUUCAUAUUGUAACGAUGAUAAUUUCUUAAUUAACCUAAGUUGAAUCCAGCUCCACUGUAUUAUUUUCUUUAGAUUCAGGUUUCAUUUCAGAAUUUUAUGUUUUGAUCCCUUCUUGGUUUGUUUUGUUAUUGUCUGUUUUUUAAAGCACAUCAAUAUUCAAGUAUUAACUGUAUGUCAGAAAUGGUAUGGAACUCCUUUUGGCAAAUAUUCAUUUAAAGCUUAACUUUAGUGUGAUACUCUGUCCACCUUAAUUUUGUUCCGAUGUACCAUUUUCUUCUUAAUAUCCAUGGAAAUGCUAUUGCCUGUUGAAUAAGGGUGGUGCAGAUGUAUGUUGAUGCUUCAGGGUGUGGGGAUCCGUUUGCCUCUUACCAUGGAAGUUCAGUAGUGUCUUUGUUGCAUGCCUAGGUCAGUCUUGACCCACAGGCGAGAGCUAUGCUUUUUUGACUAAAUCGCUUUGUGUGUCCCCAGGGAGUUUAAGUAGUCUAUAUAUGAGUAGUGUGCUUCAGGAGGGCUUGACGGGGUAGAAGACAGAUUUCAGUGAGAUAGUCUUACUGUUACAGCUAUACAUUGACUAUUAAAUACAUUUUAAUAUCAGCACAAUGAGAAUCUAGACCAUCAACUAGUUUUGUUACCGAGUCCAAGCUCACUCUGCUUGCCACACGACAGGGCGGUGAAUCCCAGAGACGAGCUGUUGAGACAAGGAAGAGACUUUAUCUGGAAAGCAGCCGACCGAGAAGAUGGCAGGCCAGUGCCUCAAAAUAACCAUCUUACAGGGUCUGGAUGCCAGGUUCUUUUAUAGAUCAGGGAUGGGGGGAGCUGAGGAAGCAAAGUAAAAAGACUGUUAGUCUUGCAAGCAUCUUUCAGAACUGCAAGCUUCAGUCAGGGGAUGUGUUAAUUUCUCCUUUCUGCCAUCUGCAGGUGGACAGGGUUCUGAACAAAGGCACUUUAGUUUAUAGGCAAGCACAGGGCCAGGGUCCUCCAGCCAAGCCAUUAAGUGUGAUCAUAAUAACAGAAGCAAGUCAAAGAAACCGUUUCCUACCUGGAGUCAGGAUUGGCUUCCUCCCUGCAACAGUGUAACUAUUAAAACAUAGUGUUGUUGAGCAAUGUUUAGGGGGGGAUAGCUUUUGUUCUUGGAGAAGGAAAUGGCAACCCACUCCAGUUUUCUUGCCUGGAGAAUCCCAGGGACGGGGGAGCCUGGUGGGCUGUCUGUGGGGUCGCACAGAGUCAUACGUGACUGAAGUGACUUAGCAGUAGCAGCAGCAGCUUUUGUUCUGUCUUGUACAGAAAACAGUAAUGGCAUCAUUGAAUGUUUUUUUCAGAACCAUAUAAAUAUGUCUGUAACAUUAAUACUUCCUUUUAAGAUAUAAAUUCAAAAGAGAUUUUAUUUAGAGAAACUGUUCUAAUUAAAACUUUUCUUUCACGCUGUUUAUAUUUAGAUUCAUAAUUGUUGAGAGAAAAGAAUUCACUGUAAAAUAAUGCCAACCUAUAUAAUACUGUAAUAAAUUAUUUUGUACUU